GUCAUAAACAGUCCUUUUUGAAAAAUUGAACACGGAUUUCGAGAGCUUUUUCCUAGUUCGUUCGACUUAUGAUUGCAGUUCAAGUAGAAGGAAAGAGACUUAAUGCAGAGCUCGAUUAAAGCGGCCCUUUUUAUGCUGCACAGUGCACACUGCGCACUGCACAAUGCACAGAGUGCACGGUAUGUCUGCUCUCUCGCGCGCCCUUAGACUCGAACCAUAAUAAUCAGCAGGGCUCGUGCCCAUUUCUCUGCACUUCUACUGUGUUCGUUUUCUUGGGUUUUUUACUUUUUACCUACUAGCAUAGUAUGCUCUUUAUGUAACUUGCAGUAAAUUUAAAUUUUUACUUUUUUCUAAAUUCAACAAACAAGACAAUUUGCCGGCUAAUGUUGAUAAAAAUUGUUAAAUAUUAAAAAGCCGGUUGAUUCGUAAUUCAAAAUCUAAAAAUGUCUGGACACGAUCCUCUCGCCCUUAAAGAUGAUGACAUCACAAAAAUGUUAUCUGCAGGAGUGCACUUGGGUGCUGAGAACGUAAAUUAUCAGAUGCAAAGUUACGUUUGGAAGCGUCGUACUGAUGGUGGAGGAAUUCACAUUCUUAAUUUGCGUCGCACUUGGGAAAAGCUCAAGUUAGCUGCUCGUGCUGUAGCUGCAAUCAAACAUCCAUCUGAAGUUUUUGUUAUCAGUGGACGCCCCUAUGGACAGAGGGCUGUGCUUAAAUUUGCAGCACAUACUGGUGCUACACCGAUUGCUGGAAGAUUUACUCCUGGAGCCUUUACCAAUCAAAUACAGGCAGCAUUUCGUGAGCCAAGGUUGUUGAUUGUCACUGACCCAGCUACUGAUCACCAGCCUAUCACUGAGGCAUCUUAUGUCAAUAUUCCAGUUAUUGCUUUUUGCAAUAGUGAUUCACCACUGCGUUUUGUUGAUAUUGCCAUUCCUUGCAAUAACAAAGGUCAACAUAGUAUUGGUCUGAUGUGGUGGUUUUUGGCCAGAGAAGUUCUGAGAAUAAAAGGAUUGAUUCCACGUGAAACCAAAUGGGAUGUAGUUGUAGAUCUUUUCUUCUAUCGAGAUCCAGAAGAGGCUGAAAAAGAAGAGCAAGCCAAAGAAGUUGCAGUGGUUGCCAAGGAAUACGUUCCCAUUGCAGAUGCUGCUACUGCAGAGAACUGGUCAGUCAAUGAUGUUCCUGGAGCACCAACUGAAAAUUGGGCGGAUGAUGUACCGCUUGCUGCUCCAGUUGCUGAUUCAGUAGGUGCACCCACAACUGUGUUUCAGCCUAAUAAUGAUUGGGGAUCUGCCCAGGAAGACUGGUCUGCUCCUGCACCUGUUUCCACUGCAAUUCCCUCUCAAAGUUGGGGAGGUGUCAACCAGACUAGCUGGUCAUCAUAAAUAGGAUUCUAGCACUAUGAAGUCAGAUGCAGCAUCGUGUAGCAUGCUGCAAUGGUGAAUUUGAAAAGUGUUAUCAAUUACCAUAUAAUACUCAUAACAAGUGUUUCUAAUUUAGUUCCAUUUAUUAUUAAGGCAUAAAAAAUUACUAUACAAACGUGUGAUUUUGCUUCACAAAAAGCAUCACAAAAUAAUUUUUAUACCAAACUUGGAUUUGACGUUUGAAUUAAAUUUCUUCAAAAAGAA